AUGUCAGGGUGGAGCAGCAUACACACCUACUUUGCUCCGCAACUAAACCCAAUUCAACCUCUAUUCGCGGAGUGGAUAAAGAAGAUAUUCUGGUUCUUGAUCCCCAAACCCAGCAAAACUCAAUCAGCAACCGAUUAUGAAUCGAUUGAGAAUAUGAUCGACAAGACAAUCAACACCGCAUUCCAGAGGCAUCUUGAGGAGUGCUUGACACUCAACACCCCGACCAACACCUCAUUCCGGGAGCAGCUCACCCAAUUGAUUCACAAUCGAUUGGACACAAUCGAUGAAGCUAGAUCAACGGAUGAUCCCACCCACCACAAUGAUCUCAUUCUCAUCGCGAAAAUACUCACCGACAUGGUAAAAUGCUUGGAAUCGAUUCAGAAUCAGUUGCGCAGCAUCAAUGCCCUGGUGAACGAGUCGGAAUCGAAAUCUUCAACCAUUUGA